AUGAACCCAGCCAAAACCCCAGGCCAUCAAAAUGGGCUUUCUGGUCAAAAUGACCUCCAAGAGCAUAACGAGAAAUCACCCAUUAGAGUUCUCUCCGCGAAUGGGGACCUGAUUCUCGAGUACAUCGCUCCCGGUGACUCUUCAUCGUCACCGACCAGGCGGAAAUGGCAGGUGGCAAGCGAGCGUCUUACCUCCCACAGUCCAUAUUUCCAAGCACUACUGGAUCCCACCAAGUUCUCUGAGGGAAGGCAAUUCAGUGCCCAAAAGCAAGCCUGGAAUGAAACCCAAACACCAGACUCAGCCUCACAGCAUGCGUUACCAACAGUCAGGCUUCCCAGCGUCCGCUCUACUAGCAUUUGCGGAGAGGAUGCCAUCGAGUUAUUUUUGAGGAUUUUAUGCCUUGAUUCUUUGGAUGAAACCGAAAGAGCCGUGUUUGAAAAUGAGUUGAAGACCCAGUCUACAUCCCUUGUUGCGAGAAUGAUCGACCUUGCCGACUCAUUGAAUUCUCCUCGUGUUGUCCAAGAUGUUCUGCAGAGGAUUGGAUAUUUAUAUGGCAAGUCGAAGCCAGCGCUCCUUGUCAGGUUUAAUUUAGCUUUGCUAUCAAUGAAGGAAGACCGGAUUCGACAGAUCACCUUCAUAUCCGCCUUCCUCGGUGAUUCAAGACUGACUAGAAUCAUGACCCAUACCUUGCUGGUUGUGGGCUCCAGAUUCUGGAUAAACGGGCUAGAUGGCCCCGAAGAAGAAUCUUUGCGCUGGAGAUAUCUACCAAAUGGGUUAGAAGAGGAAAUCUAUUGUCGACGUCAAUAUGUAUUGAACACCAUCACCGACCUACAGGCUCAUUUUCUUCGAGUCUAUGGGGGUUUGGAGGAAACCGACAGCGCAAGGUCCGCAGCAAACAACAGAACAUUGGGCGCGGCCUUCACCGCGUCUGCACAUACGCUUUUUCAAUCUCGUCAAUUCCAAUGCCGAGGCGGAUUCAACAACGCGAGCCAAUGCGACCUCUUCCAACUUGGCCAGAUGAUCCGAUUUUUCUCAAUGCGCGCCAGAACGAUCUUUCUAGGAUCAACAUUGAUAGACCCGGAUUUCGACUCAGCUCCCAACGAUAGUGAUCACACAGCUAGCGAAUCCAGGAACGACCAACCCCCAGGCCCACCAUCUGAUAUUACAGCCAUCAUCGCCUCUGUCAAACAGUAUCCUGAUUAUGCAAUCGACGAAGCUCACACCGGCUGCGGUGUGCGACGCCGAAUUAUGCCUGCUUUGGAGUGCAUCGAGAAAUUCGUCUGGGAUGACCGCGGUCUCCUUGGCAUCACCCCCGCAGUCUCGGAUACUGUUGUUUCAGACCCAUCUCGACCCUCGAAAUGGACGCUGUGGGCAGACUUCACGCGCAAGAAACACACAGUCGAUAUUUCUUUUGCGAGAGUCACGGCUGUGUACUACCCUUCAGCACCGUCGAAAAACCAAGUCACCCGUUCCACACCCCAAGAAGAACUCGGACGGCUGUUGUUUACUGCUGCUCGGAGGGAUUGGAGUGCGGCGGGCUCAAGCUGA